GCGCUGCGCUCGCCCCCUCCCCCGCUUGGUCUGUGGUGCGCGCGCGCUCGCUCGCUCGCUCUCCCUUCAUUUUUUUUCUCCCCUCCCUUCCAGCCUCUCUCCUCUCUCGCUCCCCCUCGAGCUCCCGGCUGCCCGCGGCUCUGUCGCGCUCUUCCUUUCUCUUCGGUAGGCUCCACCAAGCGAUGCGGGCUCUGGGAAACAGCGACGCCGUCUCCCGCUAGAGACCUGCCCCCCGGCCCGGCCCCUUGCCCAGCCCUGCCCAGCGCGCGGGGGUCGGCGAAGGCGCCGCGGACGCACCGACGGCUGAGGAACAGCGAUGCAAAUACACUAGCAGCACCCCCUAACUCACUCCCUCCACACCCCGCGCCGCCUCCUCCUCCGGCAGCAGCGGCAGAAGGACCCACCCUGACCCCCACCCCACCCUCCGCCGGCUCCGGCUGCGAUUCCUGCCUCGACUAUUAUUUUAUUUAUUUUGGGUCGUGCACAAGCCUCAGUGCCUGCAACCCGCGCCUCCUCGGACCGCGGGCGCCUCCUCCCUCGGCUCCGGAACCCCAGACCCCGGCCACCCUCGCCUCGACACCCCCAGAGCCCCGCCAGCUGCCGCGAGUCUCCGCGGCUGGAAUCUUGUUAGAGGCUGUCUUUUUGGGGGGUUCUGGUUUCCCGACAUUUUUGUUUUCAGCCAAGGGGAGGCUAUCGUGAUUUUUUCCCCUUUGAGCCCAGGCUCUGCUUUCUGGGGGGGUGGGGGGCGCGCCGAGCCGGGGAGCCGUGCCAGCCGAGUCGUGCGGGCUGUGGCAGGGAAGGGGCCACCAUGGGAUGUACUCUGAGCGCAGAGGAGCGAGCCGCCCUCGAGCGGAGCAAGGCGAUUGAGAAAAACCUCAAGGAGGAUGGCAUCAGCGCCGCCAAAGACGUGAAAUUACUCCUGCUGGGGGCUGGAGAAUCUGGAAAAAGCACCAUUGUGAAGCAGAUGAAGAUCAUCCACGAAGAUGGCUUCUCUGGAGAAGACGUGAAACAGUACAAGCCCGUUGUCUACAGCAACACCAUCCAGUCCCUGGCAGCCAUCGUCCGGGCCAUGGACACUUUGGGCAUCGAAUACGGUGACAAGGAGAGAAAGGCCGAUGCCAAGAUGGUGUGUGACGUGGUGAGUCGAAUGGAAGACACGGAGCCCUUCUCUCCAGAGCUGCUCUCCGCCAUGAUGCGACUCUGGGGCGACUCAGGGAUCCAGGAGUGCUUCAACAGGUCCCGGGAGUAUCAGCUCAACGACUCCGCCAAAUAG